CUAGCAGGUUUUAAAAACUCUAGCCUAAAACAGGAACCUAUUUUGUUUAAACUUUGAUUUCUUGGCCUUUUAUGCUGUACAACUACACCAACAAUGAAAUGGCCUACUUAGAGACAUUGAGCAGCAUGGAGCAGAAAGGUGUUCAGUAUGCUUGCACUAAAUGCAUGCAAUGGUUUGACUUUGACGAUCUCUCAGCAGACGUUCAAAUGUGCAAGGUUUGUACUGACACCCUAGCUUCUACAAGUUCAAAAACAUCUGUAACGGUAAAAAAAGAAAAAGUUUCAAAAUCGACGCGACCUGAAAAUUGCAGAUACUGCCAAACCUAUAUCAAGGUUAAAGUUCCAGGGGAGAAAAGAAUUUGUGAGAGAUGUUUCAAGAAUAGAAAAGAAUAUGGAGAGCCAAAGAUCUGCAUGUUCUGUACACUGAACUCUGCUUUCAUUGGAUCAAAAUGCCAACGCUGUGCCAGCAGUAAGAAGAAAUAUGGAAUGCCAGUCAAUUGUCAGAAAUGUAAUUUGAAAGCAGCAUUCGAUCACAAAAAAGCUCAUAUUGAUGGACUUCUAUUAUGUUGGAAAUGUUACGUUUCAAUGCAGAGAUACCAGAAACGUGAAAAAAGAAAAGGAGAAGAAAAUCCUGGCGAGAAUGAUGAAGAAAAUGAAACAAAGAAAUCUCGCUUGUCUAAGCCUGAGACUUCCGGUAAAGAAACUGCACCACCAAGUGAUGAUGAAAACGAACGUACAUGGAGAGAAUUAUUAGGAGAGGACCACUGUUUAAAAUCCGGAAAAAAAUCUGAAAACUUAAAGUUAAAGUCUCACAACGAGAAAAAACACGAACUUCGAAAGCAGGCGCAAAUUAACAGCAGAAACUUAAAUAAACAUCAUUCCAGCUCUUCUUUGGAUGAUCGGAUACAAAAGAUGGAGAAGAGAGGAACUCCUCCAGUUAGUGUCUCUUCUCCGAGGAGGAAUGAGGAGAAACCAGGGAGCAACACCAGCACUCCAAGACAAGGGGUGACAGCGGAAAUUAGAUCAAACUCCGGCACUCCAAACACACCAACUCCAUCCAGUCAUAAACCAUAUGAUCGAUUAAGAAAUGGAGCUAUGGACCUCAGUACAGCUUUACCUCAGAUGAAUGAUAAUAUUGUUCUUGUUACAAAGCUACAUGAGGAAAUAAAUAGUUUGAAAAAAAAUAUCGCUAAGAAGGAUCAAGUUAUGUUGGAGAAAGAUAAACAGAUAUCUAUGUUGAAAGUGGAACAUUUACGUUUGGAACGCUCUUUACAAACUAAACUCAAAACCCAAGAAGAAGAAUUUUUCCGGAAAAUGGAAGCUAUGGGAAUCAAAAACCAGGAGCUUAUUAAAAAAGUUGCACAAUUGUCAAAGAAGAAGUCAUAACAGCUAAGUGACAAUUGCCAUGCCAAGUUUACACUCCUCAAAUCAGGUUUUGAUAUCGUACUCAUUGGGAUGUACUUUUCUAAAGCCAUGCCCUUUGGUUGACUUUAUUUUUAAUAAUCCAAAGUAUAAAAAUUUACCUAAGUUUCUACUUUAUAAAUUGUCUCCAAAAUUAUAGAAAUUUCUUUGUUGUUUUAAUUACAGGGAGCAUUUGCAAAAGAUAUUUUAAUUAAAAAUACCAUUUUUGUGAUUUUAAACUAUGCUGCCUGGAUCAAUGUAAAUAGAUUUUGCUAUUUUUAACAUAGAAGCACAAGUGAUGCAGUGUUAUGUUAAUGAAAACACUUUGCACUAUCUCCCCAAAAAUUGUUUUUUAAAAAGAAUCAUUUUCUCUCAGUUUCAAUUUUUUACUUUGAUAAUUAGAAUUCUUCUUUUUUCUUUUUCACCAUUGAAUUUUUUCGGUGUCAGCUUUUAUUUUGGCCAUGGAUGUUUUAAGACCUUUUUACUAACCCAUAUCCAUGCAACUAUAUAAUAACAGUAUACAUCAGACUUACAUGUAUUAGGAAUUGUGUAUGACACAAUAAAUCAGUUAUAAUAUCGUAAAGCGCCAUUUUAUGCAAAAAAAUUUUGAAUGAAAAUGCAGUGAACCACAUUUUUUUAUUGAUGGAUUUUUAAUACAACUUCGGUUAAAUAUUAAAAAAUCUUCAGCAUGUUUUUAAACUUGCUUUCUUUCAAUAAAAUCUGGUGAAUGCAUAAA